AUGGAGAACACUGCGGAGAAACCAAGCGGCAACAAGGCCACCAUCGUCAAGAACACGACUCAACUCUCCAGGAUCCCACAUCAUAUGCUCUCCACGGUUCCAUAUCAAAUCAUCACUCAGCAAGCGGAGAACACCACUACAACUUGGCCUGUCAUCCCCACUACAUUAAGGAGUAAGAGGAGGAAACUACAACAGGCAAAUGCGGAGAACACUACGGAGAACACUACGGAGAACACUGCGGAGAAACCAAGCGGCAACAAGGCCACCAUCGUCAAGAACACGGCUCAGCUCUCCAAGAUCCCACAUCAUAUACUCUCCACGGUUCUACAUCAAAUCAUCACUCAGCAAGCGGAGAACACCACUGCAACUUGGCCUAUCAUCCCCACUGCAUUAAUAUAA